CUUUACACUUGUCUCGUCUUCACAUAGUCAUCUUCGGCUUGCUUCGGCCCAAUCGCAUCGUUCAGAAUGGGUUGAGCAAUCGAGUUUAGCUCUGCGGGGCAUCAAACGUCUUCCUCAUGCGUGUGCCCCUCGUCCGAGUCCGUAGCAGUCUUGGCACCGUUUAUGAUGAUCUUCCCAAGGGUGCUUGCAGAUAUCCCCGACACACGCGUAGUACUGCUGCUCUACAGCCCCUGUCUGUCCAUGUACGACCUCGAUAGAUAGAUAUUACUCCCUCAAGCGCUAUCAUGGCCCCGGAAACCCCGAUUGAUACUCGUGAAGACGGCAAUGGCACUUCUGCGGACACUGCAGACACUGCGGAGCAAGGAGAGCUUCUCUGGCAACAUGCGGAUCCAAAGAGCACGAAUAUGUGGAGAUUCCUAUUGGAAUUGAACAGAAAGUACAAAAUGGAGUUGAAAGACUAUAAAGAGCUGUAUGACUGGAGCGUGGACAACAUUGCGGAAUUCUGGGGCGAGGUCUGGCAAUGGGUCGGGAUCCGAGCAUCCAAACAGUAUGAUCAGGUUGUAGAUGCGCAAGCCCCCAUGUUCCCCCGUCCAGCCUUCUUCUCCGGCGCGUCCCUCAAUUUCGCCGAAAACUUGCUGUUUCCCCUCUGUGAGGUUGAUGAAACUGCGCCUGCUAUACUGGCGGCGACGGAGACUGACAGAGAGACUGUGUCAUGGGCCGAGUUGAGACAGCGCGUCGCAAAGCUCCAGGCAAGUCUCGCGGCAUUGGGACUAGAGCCAGGAGACAGAGUUGCGGGCUAUGUAGCAAACCACACAAAUGCGCUUGUGGCGAUGCUGGCGACGACGGCGCUGGGUGGCAUAUGGACAGCAGUAUCUCCUGAUACGGGUGUGACUGCCGUGCUCGACCGGAUGAAGCAGAUCGAACCGAAAGUUCUGUUCUCGGAUAACGCUUCCUACUACAAUGGCAAAUCACACCCGGUCAUCCCCAAGCUCGCCGAAAUCGUGUCCGGACUUCCCACCCUGGAAGCGGCCGUAGUCUUCGAAACCAUAUCCGGCAAUGAUAUGACAGAACUGAGAGACAUCAAGCUUGCCGACAAUCUGGGCUCGGCCUGCACGUACGACUCAUUCCUCAGAAUCGGGCCCCCGGUCUGGAACCUCAAGUUCACCCAAUUACCCCCUGAUCACCCAGUCUACAUCCUGUACUCCUCCGGCACCACAGGCGCUCCGAAAUGUAUCGUCCACGGUGCCAUCGGCACCCUCGUCCAGCACAAAAAGGAGCACAUCAUCCACUCCUCCAUCGUCCCCGGCUCCCGCUUCUUCUACUUCACAACCUGCACCUGGAUGAUGUGGCACUGGCUCGUCUCCGGCCUCGCCGCCGGCGCCAUCCUCGUCCUCUACGACGGCUCCCCAUUCCGCUCCCGCUCCCCAGACCUCCCAGGCCACAGCAUCGCCGACGACCUCGCCAUGCCGCGCCUCAUCGACGAACUCUCAAUAACCCACUUCGGCACCUCAGCAAAAUACCUCAGCGUCCUCGAGCAAAAAGCCCUCUUCCCCCACAAAACCCUCCCCCUCUCCUCCCUCCAAGCAAUCUACAGCACCGGCUCCCCCCUCGCCCCCAGCACCUUCAAAUGGGUCUACACCGCCUUCCCCCCCACCCUCACCCUAUCCAGCAUCACCGGCGGCACAGACAUCAUCUCCCUCUUCGGCGCCCCCUGCCCGCUCGUCCCCGUCUUCGCCGGCGAAAUCCAAGCCCCCGGCCUCGGCAUGCGCAUCCGCGCCUUCGACCACACAGCCACCGACAUCACCCUCUCCGGCGCCCCAGGCGACCUCGUCUGCACCCGCCCCUUCCCCUGCCAACCCGUCUCCUUCUUCGCCGACGACGACCCCCCAGCCGCAAAGUACCGCGCCAGCUACUUCGACCUGUUCCCCGGCGUGUGGCACCACGGCGACUUUGUCCGCUUCAACCCGCGCACGCGCGGCCUCGUCAUGCUGGGCCGCAGCGACGGCGUGCUGAAGCCGCAGGGUGUGCGGUUCGGUAGCGCGGAGAUAUAUAAUGUGCUGCUGGCGCAUUUCGGGAAUGAUGACGUGGACGGCGGGGUUGCGGAUGGGCUGUGUGUCGGGAGGCGGAGGCCUGGGGAGAGUGAUGAGACGGUCGUGCUGUUUGUGAAGAUGGUGGAGGGGAGGGUGUUUGGGGAGGGGUUGGCGGAGCGGGUGAGGCGGGUGGUGAGGCGGGAGUUGAGUGCGCGGCAUGUGCCUGGUGUGGUGGAUGUGUGUGUGGAUAUUCCGGUUACGACGAAUGGGAAGAAAGUCGAAGGCGCGGUAAAGCAGAUCCUGUGCGGAAUGAAUGUCAAGACGUCGGCGAGCGUGGCGAAUCCGGAGUGUUUGGACUGGUAUCGCGAGUGGGCGCGCACGCACUGAGUGAUCUGUCUGUCUGUCUGUUCUGUGAUGAGAGGGACUUCAAGAUAAAGAUUGAACGCCUUUUAGUUUGCACGAUAGGAUAGGAUAUAUCAUACAAGAGUCAGGUGUUGCGGCAUCGAUGCCGGUGA